AUGGCUUCCACCCUGCCGCCAAUGCUGAUCAUCGGCGGUGGCAUCAGCGGCCUCACAUUGGCACAAGCAUGCAGGAAGGAAAACUUACCAUCCAGGAUCUUCGAACGGGAUGAGUCUCCAACGUCAAGAAGCGCAGGAUGGGGCAUUACUUUGAACUCGGCACUCUCACAUUUCAAAUCUCUGCUCCCCGACGAUGUCCUCGGUCGCCUACCAGAAGCGCUCGUGAACAAAGCUGCAGUCGAAGCUGGGGAGAAGGGGGACUUCACGUUCUACGACUUGAGCAAUGGAGACUCUAAGUGGAAGGUGCCCACUGCAUCUGAGCGGAUCCGUGUCAGCAGACACAGGCUGAGAAGAGUCUUAUGCACUGGCUUGGAUGUAGAGUGGGGCAAGACUCUUGCAAGUAUCACCAAGGACGAGUCUGGAGUCCAUGCCCACUUCACCGAUGGAACCUCAGCCUCCGGCAGCUUUCUGGUAGCCUGUGACGGAGCGCAUUCUGCAAUUCGAAAAUUGAUCCAUCACGAGAAAGCAAAGAACUACGAAUUGCCAAUCCGUUUCCUCGGAGCCGGUGUCACGUACACUGAACGUGAAAUGUCCGCCAUCAGAAAUCUAGAUGCGUACUUCUUCCACGGCUCAGAUCCUCGAACCGACGUCUUCCUCUACUUCUCCUUCCUCGAGGCACCUGGUGACAACGGAGCUCCUGAGACUAAUCAAAAUGGCGAGAAGAUGUAUCGCUCCCAAAUUGUAACUUCAUGGCCGUAUCGAGAAGGUUUCCUUGGCCGAGCAGAUCCUUCUGAUGUGCCCAACACAGACACCGGACGACGCAGCUGGAUGAAAUCCAUGACAGCUGAGUGGGCGGAACCGUUUCGCUUUGUGGUGCAGAAUCUGCCUCACGACUGCGAGAUCAAGCCCGUUGAGCUUUCGGAUUGGGUUCCUCAGCCAAACGAGAAGAAUGUCUUCGACGGGAGAGUGGUCCUACUCGGUGACGCCUUUCACGCAAUGGUCAUGUAUCGAGGAGAGGGUGCGAACCAAUCGAUCGUGGACAUUGCAAACCUAUUGGAUUUGAUCAAGCCCAUUUACCAGGCUGCUGCCCGACCCGAUGAUCUGGACGAGUCGUUUCGCGCUGUCACUCGAAAGUACGAGCAGGAGGUCGUCGCAAGGACUGAGCUUGCUGUACUUGCUUCUCGGCAGGCUUGUUUGGAUGCUCACGACUUCAAGCGGAUCAACGAGCAGAGUCCGCUCUUGCGGAGAAGGGUCAUCAAGGAGGAAUUUGCUGAGCUGCAGAAAUGA